AUGUAUUAUUAAGAAAAUUUGAGAAAAGCUCGAGAGUACUUAAACAAAAGGUAAAAAUAAAUUGAUCAUCUUACUCGUAAACCCAUUUAAACUUAAAGUGUUAAUAUUAGAUAAAUAUUUGCUAUUUUCAGAUCCAAAGAUAGAAAUGAAAGUGAAAGUAGAUAAUUAAAAACAAUAUGUUAAGACAAAAAAGAAGAGAAUACUUAAGUACCACUUAUUGUUAUCACUUCUCAAAAUCCAGAACAUAGAGAUUCUAAUCAUUCUAUAACAGCUAAACUUAUUAAGCUUAAUAAAAUUACACGAAAUAAAACUGAAAUUACUCCUGCUCAAUAUAAUUUUAUAGAGAGAAUUGUUGAACCUUCAAUUAAAAAACCUGAAAUCCAUUCAGAAUAAAUUUCACCAUUAAGAAUACGAAAAAAUGCACCUUCUAAUUUAACUGACAGAAGAUCAUUCAUAGUCAAAAAUAAAGAUCUAAUUCAUUUGAAAGGUUAUCAUGUUCAAAAUUAAAAAUCAUAAGGUUGUAUCUUAACGAAUUAGUUCAUUCAUUCCGAAAUAAAUAGCCCUUCUUUUAAAAGAUUAAAUUAGACUUCUUAUUAAUGCGAUAAAACUAAGAUUUUCAACAAAAUUAAAAAUUAACUAUUAGAAAAAGAAAUCAAACUUAUUAGAUAAAUUAGUGGUUGGACUAUAAAAAGUUAAGAAAGCAUUCAAACACCUAUAUGA